CACCUUAUAGUUUCUUAUUUUCUUCAUCAAUCGACCCUCAAACUCUUUGAUUCUUUUCUUUGUCUUCGUUUCUCCUACUGUAAGUGAAAAAUGGCUAGUAGUUUCUUCAGGAAGCUGGCCAAAGCCACUCCAAUUGCCUUCAACAAUGCAUUUGGAGGCCAACCCAAGUCCAGUUUCAGUAAAUUUCGACUUCCCUUGGGUGCAAUUGCUGCAGCUUCUGGCGGAAUCUCUUACUACUACUACUUUUCCUCUCCAAAUUUGGUUCACUUAGAUCAAAUCAAUGACGUGACAGGUCCAAAAAUUGCUCUCAAUCCUGAUAAGUGGAUUGAAUUUAAGCUGCAAGACACUGCAAGAGUUAGCCACAACAGUCAUUUGUUCAGAUUCUCAUUUGAUCCAUCCGCUAAAUUGGGUUUGGAUGUUGCUUCGUGCAUCCUUACAAGGGCUCCAGUAGGACAAGACACUGAAGGAAAAACAAAAUAUGUCAUACGGCCGUAUACUCCUAUAUCAGAUCCAGAUUCCAAGGGAUACUUUGACUUAUUAAUUAAGGUGUACCCUGAGGGAAAAAUGAGUCAGCAUUUUGCAAGCUUGAAACCAGGGGAUGUAGUCGAAGUGAAAGGGCCCAUUGAAAAGCUCAGAUACUCUCCCAAUAUGAAGAAACACAUUGGCAUGAUUGCUGGUGGCACAGGUAUUACUCCUAUGCUUCAGGUGAUUGAGGCUAUACUGAAGAAUCCCGAUGACAACACUCAGGUAUCAUUGCUUUAUGCCAAUGUUUCACCAGAUGAUAUAUUGCUCAAACAGAAGCUUGACAUACUUGAAGCUAGCCAUCCAAAUUUGAAGAUAUUCUACACUGUGGACAAGCCAUCAAAAAAUUGGAAAGGAGGUGCAGGUUACAUCUCAAAGGAUAUGGUCAUAAAAGGCUUGCCCAGUCCAAGUGAUGAUACUCUUAUCCUAGUAUGUGGACCCCCGGGGAUGAUGAAGCAUAUAUCUGGUGAUAAGGCUAAAGACCGCUCACAGGGGGAGCUUACUGGCAUACUCAAGGAUCUUGGAUAUAGUGAGCAAAUGGUUUACAAAUUUUGAUAGAUUGAGACAUUUCAGCCAACCUCAUUCUAUAAUUUUCAAACCAAAUUUUGUGUAAUAAAUGAUGUGAUUAACAUUGGUGAAAGGACUUAAAUCCCUAAAAUACAAAAUAAUUUAGGAAUGUUACACAAUGCAAAAUGUUAGAUGGUAAGAGCCAAUACUGAUCUGAACAUUUGAAUUUGAAAUAACCUUGUUUGUCCUACUGUUA